AUGGUGAAAGGAGGAAGGGGAAGAGGACGAGAAGGUGUGGGAAAUGGCCAUCGCUUUGGAAAGUGGCUGAGUUGUGGACCGAGCCUCCGUCCAAGCUUCACCAGUCACGAACGAACAACAGCAUUCCUUGACAUUCAACUUCCUCACGACAUCACCAUGGCGCCAAGCCCACCGCUUCAGCAGUUCGAUGGGCUCGAGUUGCCGGCCGCAGCGGACAUGCAUGUGCAUCUGCGGGAUGGAGAGAUGACAGAGCUGGUAGUACCCACGAUCCGCCAGGGCGGCGUGAAUACGGUCAUGGUCAUGCCAAACCUCGUGCCCCCGAUCACAACGGUGAAGCAUGCGCUCGAGUAUCAGAAGCGACUACAAGCGCUGGAAUCAGACGUCAAAUUCCUCAUGUCGCUGUAUCUCCACCCCAACAUCAGCCCAGAGACUGUCAGGGAAGCCAAGCGAGCGGGGAUCCUCAACAUCAAGUCCUACCCUCAUGGUGUGACGACGAACUCCUCCCACGGUGUCAUGUCGUAUGAAGAGUUCUACCCAGUAUUCGAGGAGAUGGCACGCCAGGACAUGAUCCUGAACCUGCACGGCGAGCUACCUCCAUCAGCAGGCCCCGACAUCACCGUUCUGAACGCCGAGGAAGCCUUCUUGCCAACACUGAUCGACCUGCACCAACGCUUCCCGAACUUGCGCAUCAUCCUCGAGCAUUGUACCUCUGCCGCUGCCAUCAAAGCAGUCAAGUCCUGCGGUAACAAGGUUGCGGCUACGAUCACCGCGCACCACAUGUUCAUCACGGUUGAUGAUUGGGCCGGCGACCCGCACUGCUUCUGCAAGCCAGUCGCGAAGAACCCAUCAGACCGACGAGCUUUGCUCGAGACUGCCAUUAGCGGUGAUCCCAAGUUCUUCCUUGGCACUGACUCCGCGCCACACCCGGCCACAUCCAAACGAGCAGACAAGGUCGCCGCUGGUGUCUUCACACAGCCUCACGCGGUUGGCCUUGUGCUGAGCGCUCUGCAACAGGGCUGUGAGCUCGGCGUACUCAAAGAAGAGCAGGUGACCAAAGAAGCGCUGGAAGGCUUUCUCUCAAAGUUCGGCCGUGAGUUCUACGAAGUCGCUGAUGAGAAGCACGAGACCAUUGUGCUGGGUCAGAACACGCAAGCGAUUGCAGAAUUACUGCACAGCGAGAGCAGCGGCAUCGAAGUUGUUCCAUUCCGUAGAGGCAAGAUGACCUGGGCGACUACCUGGAAGUAG